AUGAAGCUGUUCCAACAAAUUAUCCUGGGACUGGUUCUCAUCUUCGCCUUCAUGGGCUCCCUGGCUAGUGCUAAGCCCCAGGAGGCCAAAGAUUUGGAUGAGUCCUUAGUCGAGAAUUCGGAAUUGGGCGAAUCUGUGCCCGAAGGCGCCCAGCAGGACUAUAUCAACGUGGCCGACUACACCACUGCUUCUCCUCCAUGGUGGUGGAACUAG